AUGUGGAACUACAACGGUCACGAAUUCAAAAUCGAUUCACGAAGAAUGUCGGGUAAACUAGUCAUUGGUCAAACUGAUCUCAGUCUUGUUCUAUCUUCUUCUGCGUCUACAUCAAUGACAACAAAUUUCAGUUCAUCAACGACUUAUUUUACUCCAAUCCGUAAAGCAUGGUAUUAUGAGAUCAUCUUAACUAAUCUUAUCAUCAGUAAUCAAAGUUUGAUAACUGAUUGUAAAGAACUGAAUAAAGGUAAAACAAUAAUUGACAGUGGAACCACAAAUAUCUAUUUACCGAAGAGAAUUUUCCAUCGUUUAGUUCGUGUUUUAAAAGCCAAUGUAAAGAAAAAUCCACAGCUGAAUAAACUGGUUUCUAAAGUAUCAUUCUGGCAUGGUCAAAAAGCUUACUGUUUAGUAGAAAGCAGUGAAGACAACAAGGCUAUAAUAUAUGGAUCCUUUCCACAAAUUGAAUUCCAACUGGUUUCUAGUGUAAAUACAUCCAAUGAAGUUCUUUCAUUAAUUUUCUCUCCACAGCAAUAUAUUCGUUAUCUUGGUCAAAUAACUCGACAUAAUGAAAAUCGUGAUUGUUUCGCCUUUGCAAUACAAUCAACUCGCAGAUAUACAAUACUGGGUUCAGUUUUCCUUGAAGCUUAUUACACAGAAUUUGAUCAAGAAAAUAUGAGGAUAGGAUUUACUAAUUCACCAUGUACCACAUACACAAAUAUCACUGGUAUACCGGUAUCUAAAGUAAAUGGAUUGAAGCAAUGGAGUAAUACUUAUCAACAAAUAUCCAAGGUGAUGAAUACCAACCGUGUCAUUUCAUCACCAUUCGAUUGCGCUGUAUAUCGGCCUACAAAAGGUGAACACUUGACAAGAUUUAUGAAUAUCCUUACAAUAACAUUUUGGUUAUCGUUGACAAUGUUUGUUUUUUUAUUCCUUUAUUAG